AUGGAGGAGAGAGGAGAACAGAUACAGAGAGAGAGGUUUCCCAUUAAGGUCGGUGUUCUCAGACACCUCUGCCUGCUAGACCGUCGUUACCAGGAGCGGAGUAUGGCAGAAUUUACAGCGUGCCGCGUCGGUGCUAAUUAUGCCAGCCGUGCUCAGCAAAGCCCUUAUAUCGGAACGGUGUCCGCGCUAACGGAAGCGCGCCCCGGCGUAAUAUCAGGAUUUGUCGCCGCCGCGGCGGGCCGCAGUAAUCCCGAGAAGCGCACAGCAGGUGGCGCCUCCGCGCUCUCCGCCCCCACUCACUUGUCUUCGCUGCAGGGAGUCGUCGCCGCCGCCGCCAGACCCCCACUGUCACUGGAAAAUAAGUUCCUCUUAACCUUCUCGACAGCAGAUUGUUCCCAAUGUAAAUACCAUUCGCGACGGUGUGGUGUUCCUGUAAAGACACUCGAACGUGAAGGCUUACGACCACGAUUUGUUGCUAAUUUCCUUAUGCCAGGAACUGGAGCAAUCUCAAAAGCUCUCAACUGCGCUAAUGUUCCUGGAAAAACUUGCGGAGUAGCGGAUGUCGAAUAUGAUGAGCAGCAGUACGCGGCGGCCGACUCCAACAGCUCGACGCCGGCCAAGUCGUUCGUGCCGUGCAAGGUGUGCGGCGACAAGGCGUCCGGCUACCACUACGGGGUCACCUCCUGCGAGGGAUGCAAGGGAUUUUUCCGGAGAAGUAUCCAGAAGCAGAUCGAGUACCGGUGCCUACGAGACGGCAAGUGCUUGGUCAUCCGGCUGAACCGCAACCGCUGCCAGUACUGCCGCUUCAAGAAAUGCCUCGCCGUUGGCAUGUCGCGGGACUCGGUGCGGUAUGGGCGCGUGCCGAAGAGGUCGCGCGAGCGCAGCGGCGAGGAGGCGGCGGCGACGCGCGUCGGCACGUCGGACGCCGAGCAGUCGGACGCGGAGAGCCGGCAGCUGGCCGUCUACGACGUCAUCCUCACCGUGUCGCAGGCCUACCACGCCAACUGCGGCUACACCGAGGAGCAGACGCGCGCGCUCGUGCGGAAGCCGCUCGCCACGCAGCCGCACCUCGCAGCCGCCGCCGAGGUUUCUGUGGCAGGUGGAACAAGUACGGAAACAUCUGAGGUUGCCUCAUCAACUGCUGAGUCUUUGGAACAGCAUCGUGUAUGGCUUUGGCAGCAGUUUGCUCAGCAUGUGACACCCAGUGUGCAAAGGGUUGUUGAAUUUGCCAAAAGAGUGCCAGGUUUCUGUGAUCUGAGUCAAGAUGAUCAGCUAAUACUUAUCAAAGUUGGUUUCUUUGAAAUAUGGUUAACUCACGUUUCUCGGCUAACAUCUGACUCUUCACUCACCUUCUCAGAUGGAACAUACAUUACUAAGCAGCAGAUGGAAGUGAUGUAUGAUGUUGACUUCGUUACCUCAGUAUUUCAUUUUGCAUCGACAUUCAAUGCGCUUGCUCUAAAUGAUACAGAGCUUGGGCUGUUUUCAGCCGUAGUGCUCCUAACUGCUGAUCGCACUGGUAUAACUGAUAUCAAAGCAGUUGAGCACCACCAAGACCGGCUUAUUGAUGCCCUCAAAGUCCAGAUUGGGCGAAAUCAUGCAAGUGAUCCACAGUUGUUUGCAAGUCUGCUUGUGAAGCUGCCAGAACUAAGAAAUCUUGGUGUUAAACAUUCAACACACCUCGAAUGGUUUCGCCUCAACUGGACAAAACUGAGGCUGCCUCCCCUCUUUGCAGAGAUAUUUGACAUUCCAAAAUGUGAGGAGGAUCUACAGUAGAAGGUUUUCUGGCCUCUUCCUCCAUUCGAGGCACUUUUGUGAUAGAUACUCACUGUGAUUGGGCAGUUGGAAGUCAUGCACAUUGUGUGUGUUUAUUUUAAUUCAUUUUUCAUGUUCAUACAAGUGAGAUUGUUAAAUAAUUUCUCAAUAAUAUUUGGAAAUCUUUUUAUCACUCAUCUACUGUACUCUAUCUUCAACUUUUUCGAGAAGUGGAAGCAAGUUAGAAGUGAUCACAGUGAGUGUGCCAGAAAUGAACUUGCUGGUACGGAAUGCUGACUAUCACGACUGUGCUCUCUCUCCUCUUCUUGCUCAAUGGUUAGUGCUGGUGCAAUAGAGCUAUGCUCCCAACACAGUCUAUUUUUAUUGUUAGGUGCAGCUAUAGGCCUAUAUUUCCUAUACCUAUACACCUCAGACCUGGAUUUUUUCUUUGAAAAUUAAUUUAUUAUUUCAAGGUGUUUAUAAAGAACACAAUGCUCACGUUUGUUGUGCAUGGAAACAUAUCAUAAUUGUAUAAG